AUGGCGUCCGUGGAGACGUACGUCGCGGACUACGCGAAUCCGUCGCACGCGAAGACGGUGAGCGACCUCCUGAACGGGUACGCGCUCGACCAGUUCGGGAACAGCGGACCGCUCCCCGACGAGAUUCGCGCCAAGCUGUGCGCCGAGCUCGCGAACGUUCCCGGCGCGUUCAGCGUCGUCGCGACGAUCGCGGGCGAGGCCGUGGGGUUGAUUAACGCGUUCAUGGGGUUCAGCACGUUCAAGUGCAAGCCGCUCGUGAACGUGCACGACGUGUUCGUCUCGCCGGAGCAUCGAAGGAAGGGCGUGACGCAGGCGAUGAUGGCGAGGGUGCAAGCCAUCGCGAUCGAGAGAGGCGCGUGCAAGCUCACGCUGGAGGUGCUCGCGAACAACCCGAACGCGAUGGGGUCGUACAAGAAGUUCGGGUUUAAAUCUUACGAGCUCGACCCGGAGCUCGGCGUCGCGCACUUCUGGGAGAAGAAGCUCGAGUGA